AUGCGAUGUUUUGAGUCCUCUGCCGAGGCUCUGGCUCUUCAUCGCGGACGGCCACGAGUCAUACGUAUCAGGACGUUAUCAGCUGAACUAAAGCUGGUGAUUCAGGCUAUGAACUUGGCCCAAGUGGAGCAUGUGCCGCUUUCGACUUUCGUUGAAAUCAUGUUUGAAAACACUGCAAUGGGAUACCGAAUCAUCGGUUGA